GAAUUUCGUAGUUCCAAAUGAUUCAAAAAGAACUGGCGCGCAAACAUUCUGUGCGCAUGACUUUGGCGCUUUGUAAAAAAUAUGAAUUUACUCUAAUUCUCUGAAUUUGAGAUUGAAAUGAUUUGUUUUCGAUGCUGUUGUUUACUUGCGUUUAUUUUAAUAAAUUUGUAUUAUCACCUCCAGCGUGACAUAUGAGUUCAUGUUUAAAUAACAUCAGGUUCAAUUGACGUUUCUGAAGAAAAAAUCAUCCAGAGUUUGAAAAACAUUCGCACGAUAUUUUGCGGGUACGCCAAUUUGUUGCUCACUUGUAAGCUGUAGUAAGAGUAACGUCAUUAUGCUCAGAAAAAUAUUUCUAGUUAGGAUGACAAAAUAACGCUCUAAAUAACGCUGGAAUUACAAAGAUACAUAACGCUAAGGUCGAAUCGUUAAAAGACUUUAUUACCAUUGUAACAAAACAUUGCUUUUGGAACACAAACAGAUCUUUGGACUACAAAUAGAUUUUGUUAAAUUCACAUUUCUGUUUGUGGUUUUAAUAACCUACUUCUAAUAUAUGUAUUAAAAAUGCCGAAAGUACGUAGAAGUAAGAAACCUCCUCCGGAUGGUUGGGAAUUGAUCGAACCAACGUUGGAGGAAUUAGAACAGAAAAUGCGCGAAGCCGAGACUGAACCUCACGAGGGCAAACGAAAACAAGAAUCAUUGUGGCCCAUAUUCAAAAUCCAUCACCAAAAAUCAAGAUACAUAUAUGAUUUGUAUUACAGGCGGAAAGCGAUAAGUCGUGGUAAAAUGUUACUAAUUGGUUUAUUCAUUUAUUUGUCCUACUCUUGUUUACCUUGUUCUUUGGUUCCAGAACUAUACGACUAUUGCUUAAAUGAGAAUAUAGCAGACAGAAAUUUGAUAGCAAAGUGGAAGAAAGUGGGAUAUGAAAAUUUGUGCUGCUUACGUUGCAUACAGCAUAGAGACACUAACUUUGGUACAAAUUGCAUUUGCAGGGUACCUAAAGGCAAACUUGAAGAAGGUAGGAUAGUAGAAUGUAUCCAUUGUGGAUGUAGAGGAUGUUCUGGAUAA